GCAACAUUCUACAAGACUCGUCAGGAGCACCACUUCGACAGGUGUACAGGUCAGAGGUCGGGCGAGAGUAGGGAGAAAGACGCUCGCAAGGCCUCGGUGCAGGGAAAUCCCAGUCGUCAGAAGCCAACAACUCCUCACUCAAUUUUUUUCCAAUUCCGUCGAAAUCUGCCUUCGCCAUGUCUGUCCGAUAUCUCAGUCACUCCUCUCCUAUUGCUAGGGGUAUCCUCCGUGGUCAGCUCUCUCUAUCAGGAAAGCCCAAUGUCGCUCCCCGUCUGAUCUCCCUCAAAUCCUUCUCGACCUCUGGACUCCGUGCCAAUGUUGUACCUCCUGAACCCGUCGUCGUCCCCGUCACUCCCAAUGCCCCAAAGCCGAGCUUUGGCCAGCGUUGGCGCAGACGUGUCAGGGCGUUUGCUCGAACUGUUCUGGUUGUCAUUCUUGUCGGUGGAGGAGCAUUCUACUAUGUGACACAACAGGACGUGCAUCCCGGUGACCAACUCCCUUCAGAUCCCUCCAAACCUACUCUUGUCGUCCUGGGAUCUGGCUGGGGUGCCACUUCUUUCCUCAAGAACCUCGAUACAGAGGAAUUCAACGUCGUCGUGGUCUCUCCUCGAAACUAUUUCCUCUUCUCCCCACUGCUUCCCUCAGUCACUGUCGGUACCCUUGAACCCCGAAGCAUCAUCCAGCCUACCCGCUUUAUCACCCGACACAAGAAGCGAAAAGUCUCAGUCUACGAAGCUGAAGCUCGAGAGGUCGACCCGAUUAAGAAGACUGUCACAUUUAGGGAUCAGACUGAUAUUCGGGGUGAGGCUGGUUCCGUCACCAUCCCGUACGACUACCUCGUUUAUGCUGUCGGAUGCGAGAAUCAGACUUUUGGUAUCGAGGGCGUGACGAAAUAUGGCUGUUUCCUCAAAGAGCUCAGUGAUGCCGACAAGAUCCGAACACGACUCAUGGACUGCAUUGAGACCGCUGCAUUCAAAGAUCAGCCCGACGAAGAGGUCGACCGUCUCAUGCAUAUGGUUGUCGUCGGUGGUGGACCUACUGGUGUCGAGUAUGCUGGAGAGCUUCACGAUUUCCUGAUCGAUGAUCUUCGCAAAUGGUAUCCGGAAGUCGCAGAUCGUCUUCGCAUUACCCUGAUUGAAGCUCUACCCAACGUUCUGCCAGCUUUCUCCAAACAGCUUAUCCAAUACACUGAGUCUCAAUUCAAGGAGAACAGGAUCGAUGUCUUGACCCGCACCAUGGUCAAAGACGUCAAAGAACGCAGUGUCGUCGUGCAGGAUGCCAACAAGGAGAUCCGAGAAAUCCCCUAUGGUCUCCUAGUCUGGGCAACCGGUAACACCUCUCGUCAAAUCACCAAGAACCUCCUCGCCAAGCUGCCCGAGACCCAGACACAGAAGCGAGGGAUCGUCGUCGACGAUUACUUGUCCAUGCUUGGUGCCGAAGGUGUCUACGCCAUUGGUGACUGCACAGCGACUCAGUAUGCUCCUACCGCUCAAGUCGCCAGUCAGCAGGGUGCAUUCCUCGCCCAAAUGUUUGGCAAAUUGGGCCAGAAGGCCAAACUUCAGCGUCAACUCGCCGACCUCCGAGCGUCAUCAUCUGACCCAGUCGAGCUUGAAGCGGUUGUCAAGAAGCUGAACAGGGUCGCUAAACUCACGCCUUUCCACUAUUCGCACCAAGGAUCCCUAGCCUACAUUGGAUCCGAAAAGGCCAUUGCCGACCUGCCAUUUUUCAACGGAAAUGUUGCCUCCGGAGGUGGUGCUGCCAUGUUGUUCUGGAGAUCUGCCUAUAUCUCCACGCUCUAUUCGGUUCGAAAUCGAACCCUUGUCAUGACCGAUUGGCUCAAGGUCAAGUUGUUUGGACGUGAUGUGUCUCGAGAGUAGGUCAGGUGAUGGAUCCCAUUUCCAUUCAUAGCUAUAGAUUUCACGAUGCAUAGACUACCCAUAUAGGUUUGUAUAUCUUGCCUGCAUUAAUAAGAAG